AUUCUGUUGGGAGACUCGUGUUUAGUAACACUUCGAACGUUUGUCGAUCUCCAUGCAGGAGGAGUGAGUAUUGCUCUGCUGCUUGGGAUAAUUUUUGUCCAUUUAUUUCGUUUGGCUUACAGAGAGAUCUCUUCGUAAUAGUUCGAAAGUCGGUUACCACAAUUCUUUUGCAAAAGAAGUUUCAAUCGUUGAGGAGAUCAUUUUGAUCGGUUUUUGGUGGACUUUUAGAAUUUUUUUUGAAAUUUGAUUUUUUUUCUUGUGCGAAAUGAAAACUCCCAGAGGCCUGUCCGGUCUCUUGGGCAGCCCAAACUUAUCCUAUAUUUGGGCGGUGAUAUUUGCAAUUUAUCUGAUAUGCCUUUUGAAUGGACGAGAUAGUUUUGUUGAUGCUAAGGUAUGUAAUCAAACGCAAUGUGAUUGUGAAGGCUUAAAAGGAGCCCCUGGUACAAUUGGUCCAGAGGGAGUACAAGGAAUGGAAGGAACACCUGGUGAUGUUGGCCCUGAAGGUCCCAUUGGUCGAACUGGUGAAGAUGGUGACGUAGGCGAGUAUGGUAUGAAGGGAGACAAAGGACACCGUGGUGACAUUGGUGAAACCGGACGACCUGGACUACAAGGACCAAGGGGACCCCCUGGUGGUGAUGGACCUCAAGGUCCCCACGGUAUUGAUGGGUGCAAUGGACAAGAAGGAGCUAUGGGUAUUCCCGGUGAGCCUGGUGAGCUUGGUCGACGUGGUCCUCUAGGUAAACCCGGUCCAUCUGGACCGACUGGUGAAGCCGGUGAUGGUGGUACCAACUCUAAGGGAACCAAGGGAGUUCGCGGUACAGAGGGUCUAGCUGGUAGAAAUGGUCCUGAAGGUCGUACUGGUAUGAAAGGUUUCAAAGGUGACAUUGGAUUUGCUGGAUUAGAUGGACCUAAAGGUGACAUGGGUAUGCAGGGAAUCAAAGGUGACAAAGCCGAACCCUAUGACCCACUUAUUGGAACUGGCCAAAAGGGAGAAAAAGGAGAGCCUGCCGAACAGGUUACUCGUUUGGGUGGUUUUACAAGACAAAAUACCGAAAAGGGAAAGCGAGGCGAUAAGGGUGGUCAAGGUUCUAAAGGAAUGAAAGGUCUUAUUGGUGAAUAUGGUGAAGUUGGACGUACUGGUCAACCUGGUCAGCGUGGUGAUGAAGGUUCACCUGGUGAACGUGGUAAGCCUGGACGAGUUGGUGAGGCUGGUAUUGCUGGUGAAAAAGGUCAUAAAGGUGCACCUGGUUACAAUGGAGCUGAUGGUUACAAUGGUUUCCCUGGUGGUAUGGGUGAGCCAGGUUAUGAUGGUACUCCUGGAAUUCAAGGACCAAUGGGUCCUCCCGGUAUUUAUGACCCAAAUUUGGAUGAAAUAUCACCUGGAUCUGAAGGACCUCAAGGUGAUUUGGGUGAGCCAGGUCUAAUGGGUGUUAAUGGUAUUCCUGGACAGCCAGGACGACGUGGACACAUGGGUCCAGCAGGACCACCUGGUGAUAAUGGACUUGAUGGAAAUCCUGGAAAACGUGGAGUUUCGAUAAGAGGACAGCCCGGAGAUCGUGGUGAGAUUGGUGCCCCAGGACCUCAAGGUGAAAUUGGACCAGCUGGACCAAUUGGCCGUGUUGGACAAAGAGGAAGUGAUGGUUUGGAUAUAUUGGGACCCAAGGGUUAUCCUGGUGAUGCUGGUCGACCAGGGUUACAUGGAUACAGAGGUGAUCGUGGAGAAGCUGGUUUGCCCGGUGAGAAAGGUCUACCCGGUGAGGGAGUUGAUAUUGUUGGACCCCCUGGUGAUGAAGGUCGUCCCGGUGUUCGUGGACCUCCUGGAUCAGAUGGUUAUGAUGGGCUCCCAGGUUAUGUAGGAGAUAAGGGUGAACGAGGAGAUGACUGUGGCGUUUGCCCACCAGGCCCACGAGGUUUGAAAGGAGCAAUGGGAGACAAUGGUUUCGCCGGAUUACCCGGUUUAUCUGGAAAACCUGGUUUAAGUGGACCUAGAGGACCAAAAGGACAAUCUGGACGUCCAGGAAUGAAAGGAUUUAAGGGUGUUCAAGGACCAAGUGGAAUCCCUGGAGAAUUAGGACGACCUGGUAUUGCUGGUAGAGACGGUGGAGUGAUAACUAUUGGUAAUUUACCUGGAACUGAAAAAGGUGAUUAUGGUGACCGAGGUGAACGUGGAGAGCAAGGUGAACAAGGUGAAAAGGGUUUCCCUGGAUAUCCUGGAAGAGCUGGCGCUAUUGGAGAGUAUGGUUCACGUGGUGAAUUUGGUGAUCCAGGUCUACCAGGACGUGACGGUUUAGAUGGUGUAGAUGGAAGAGAUGGACAAAAGGGAGCUGCAGCAGAUACUCCAUUUUAUUUCCUGAUUGGUGACUCUGGUUUAGAUGGAAGAGCCGGCCAAAAAGGAGAGACAGGAAGCUUUGGUUUGAAGGGUCAAAAGGGAGAACCUGGUCCAGGACCAAUUAUUGAUAACGCAGGUGAUCGUGGAGAUAAAGGAAACAAUGGCCCAGCAGGACCUGCCGGCCCCAAGGGACAAACUGGUGAAGAAGGUUUCCCUGGACCACGAGGUGACAUUGGUUUAGUCGGUCCAGCUAUUCAAGGAGCUCCAGGAAACAAAGGUUACCCAGGUCUUCUGGGAGACCCAGGCAGGCCUGGAGCACCAGGAACCCCUGGAUUAGAUGGUGCACCUGGUUUACCUGGUUUAGAAGGAAGGAAAGGACAAAGAGGAGAUCCUGGUCUAAGCAUUCUUCCCGGUGAAAUUGGUAAAGAGGGUUACCCUGGUGUUAAAGGAGAAAUGGGUGACAAAGGUUUUGCUGGCUUCCCUGGUCCUGUUGGUCGUGAAGGAAUUCGUGGACCUAAAGGUGACAAGGGUGACGAUGGUCCUCUUGGUUUGCUUGGUCUUGCUGGCAGAAAAGGACAGCGUGGAGAUAUAAUUCCAGGUCCUCCCGGUUUUGUUGGUGAACCAGGUCGUGAUGGUAGAACAGCACCACAUGGACAAAAGGGACAGAAGGGUGAGAUCGGACCGGUUGGACCAGUUGGUGUUCAAGGUGCGAAGGGAAAUAUUGGUUUACCUGGACGCAGAGGAGAAACUGGUGAUGCUGGAUUACAAGGAGUUCAUGGAGUAGCUGGAAGUGAGGGUUAUCAAGGUAUUGCUGGUAUGCCAGGAGAUCGUGGUGAUAUGGGUCUUGACGGACUUCGAGGAGACAUUGGACCUCGAGGUGAACCUGGACCUAUGGGACCUAAAGGAGAACUUGGUAACUUGGGAUAUGUUGGUCGUUCUGGAAAACCUGGAUUUAAUGGUCGCAAGGGAGCAAUGGGUGAUCGAGGUUUUAUUGGUGCCCAAGGUCGUAAGGGAGAACGUGCUUUUAGCGGUCUUAAAGGCGAGGAAGGUAUUCCUGGAUAUGUAGGACUACCUGGAUUAAAUGGUCUUCCCGGUGCCAAGGGUGAACGUGGACCAGAAGGAGAUUUGGGACUUGCUUUUGACGGGCCUCAAGGUCCUAAGGGAAUUAAGGGCUUGGAUGGUCUAAACGGUCUUCCCGGAAUCAAUGGAUCAGAAGGUGAACGUGGUGACUAUGGUGAAGAUGGUCCUCAAGGAGAACUUGGUGAACCAGGUAUGGAUGGUUUGCCCGCUUUAAGAGCUAGAGAUGGUUUAUAUGGACUCAAGGGUGAAAUGGGACCUCGUGGAGACUUUGGACCUAUGGGACCUAAAGGAGACUUUGGAGAACCAGGUUACUUUGGAAGACCAGGGCAAAAGGGAGAACGCGGAGAUUACGGAUUGGAAGGUGUGCAAGGUCUUCAAGGAGAACGUGGUGAUGUUGGAGAAGAAGGUAGACCAGGACGCGCAUAUUCUGGAGUCGCACCAAAAGGACUCAAAGGUGAACCUGGUCUUGUUGGCCGAACUGGUGAGACAGGUGCACAAGGAAUACAAGGAGAAAUCGGAUACCCAGGUGCUAUGGGAGCACGUGGUGAUCUUGGUAUGAUUGGUGGCCCAGGAAUCGAUGGUAUGCCCGGAUUCAAGGGUGAAAUGGGAGAUCGAGGUAACCGAGGUCCCCAAGGUGCCUACCCAGAAAACGUUGAGCGUGGUGAUGAAGGUGAAGCUGGCUAUGAUGGACUUGUUGGACGACCAGGACGUGAGGGUCAAAAGGGUGCCCCAGGUGAACAAGGUGAAUAUGGAGUAAAUGGUUUGAUUGGUCUUCCUGGACCCGAAGUUGAAGGAAUCAAGGGAAUGAUUGGUGAUAUUGGUUACACUGGUCCUCCUGGUAGAAAUGGACUGCCUGGACACUUUGGUGCUAAGGGUGAACGUGGUGACACCGGUUUCAAGGGUGAACAAGGAGAAGUUGGUAUCGCAAUUCGUGGACGUACCGGAGAUGUUGGAGAUGUCGGUCCACCUGGUUUGGAUGGUUCCCCCGGACAAAAGGGUGAAGCCGGUGAAGUUGGACCAACUGGACGUUUCGGAGCAAUGGGUAUGCGAGGUCCACGUGGUCCUGAAGGUGAUAUCGGUUGGAGUGGUAUUGAUGGUCUUCCUGGAUUGGAUGGUGACAAGGGAGAAGCCGGUGUCACUUUCCCAUUCGAACUUGCACUUCCUGGCGAUCGUGGUGAAGCUGGUUUGCCUGGAUUCAAGGGUGAACGAGGUGAAGAAGGAGAAAUGGGCGAAAUUGGUCUAAUGGGAUACCGUGGAUUAAAGGGUUUGCAAGGAGAUGUUGGUGAAGAAGGAUUAAUGGGACCUGAUGGAGCACCUGGUGAAAUGGGUAUGCAAGGUCCAGCUGGUUUCCCUGGCCGAAAUGGUCUUCAAGGUGCUAGAGGAGAACGUGGUGAUCGUGCUCCACCACCACCACCAGCCAAGAGCCGUGGUUUUGUAUUCGCACGUCAUUCGCAAACUAUUCAAGUACCAGAUUGUCCAGCUAACACAAACAAACUUUGGGAAGGUUAUUCUAUUGCCGGAAAUAUCGGCAGCUCUAGAGCAGUUGGCCAGGAUUUGGGAGCUCCAGGAUCUUGCUUGAUGCGUUUCACAACAAUGCCUUUCAUGUUCUGUGAUUUCAACAAUGUUUGUAACUAUGCUCAAAACAACGAUGACAGCAUGUGGUUGUCUACAGCCGAACCAAUGUCUCUGACAAUGGCACCAAUCGAAUCUAGGGAUCUUAUGAAAUAUAUUUCAAGGUGCGUUGUCUGCGAGACAACAACAAAGGUUAUUUCUCUACACAGUCAAAGUAUGUCAAUUCCAGACUGUCCAAAUGGAUGGGAAGAGCUUUGGACCGGUUACAGUUACUUGAUGACUACCACCGAUAACAGUGGAGGUUUUGGACAAAACCUUGUUUCACCCGGUUCAUGUUUGUUGGAAUUCCGAGCUAACCCAGUUAUCGAGUGUCACGGACAUGGACGUUGCAACUACUACGAUCCAUUAGCAUCAUUCUGGUUGAGUGUCAUUGAAGAACAUGAACAAUGGACAGUUCCAAGGCAAAGUACCCUCAAGGCUGAUCAUACGAGCAAAGUCAGCAGAUGUUCAGUCUGCCGAAGACGUAACAGCUCUUUGAUUAAUAGGGUCCCUAUUGUACCACUUGCAACAGCUUUCAGACGUGGUGAAGAACGUGAACGUGUUUACAUUCCACAACCACCAAGGCCACAAAAUGCUUACCGUCCUAGCCCAAGGUACAACAGGCAAAGGCCAAGGCGUCCCCCACGCGAUCUACAAGCAUCAUCGUAGAUGAUUUUUUAAUAGUUCCGUAACGAAUUUUUUGUUAAAUUUUCCUCUUAUUUCUAAUUACUCUAAACUACUAAUUUUUGUUGUCAUAUUGAAUAAUUAUAUAGUUGUGACGCUUUUUCGAGAAAUGAGGAUUAGACAUUUAAAAAUUAACAAAACGUGCCAUUCUUUAUUUUAUUUGUAUCCAAAUGUUAAAAAUGUUUAACUUUGUAGUUUUUGUUAGUUUCAAGAUCAAAACUUCAGUCACACAAAUAACAUUUUCAACAUUAUUAUACGAA